CUAGGCGGACCGGUGCAUUUGCGCUUUCGAGUAUAGUUUGCUCGGGACUUUGUUUUGUGGCGAUGUGUUGACGGAGCAGCUCACUAGGUUAACAGAGUUGUUUUAUUUUCAGCCUGUUAGUCGACCCGAAGAAGCCGUCCUUUAACCAUGGGGAUCCUCAUAUCAAGAUUCAAGCGGAAGAAGACCACGCUAGAGAUUCUAGAAAAGCUUGAGAAAGAUAUUACUGACAUUGAGAGGUACCGAACAAACACAGAACAAAGACAACGUCGAAUCGUUGGUCAACUAAUUGUGUAUUCUGUGGGUGCUUAUGUACUAGCUGCUGCUAUAUUUUAUUUUUACUGGUUUCCAAGCACCCUACGAGAACAACUUAUUUGUGUUGCUCCCUUGCUUCUCUUUCCUAUUUUGGUCAUAUUUCUGAAGAGAAUAGUGACGUUUUAUUACUCACGGAAAAUCACUAAAAAUGAACAGAAGUUAUCUGACUUGCGAGCUGACAAGAAACAAAUUCUUGAAGAUGUCAUGGAUAAAGAGACAUACAAAGUUGCUCGCACCAUUUUAGAGAAGUUUGCUCCUGAGCAGUUAAGGUCCAAAGGGAUGGAACAACACUUAACCCCCAUGAAACCAAAUCAAGUUAAAGGUCCUCAGAAUUCUGCUGUGAGACCAACACCGCUUCAAUCGUCAACACCUGUUCGUCCUGUGCCUCCCGGUGUUGCCCCUUCAGAAUUGCGAAGGCGGACCUUACCCUCAGCACUGGGUAACCCAGGUACCAAUGUGGGACCUCCUUCCUCACUUUCAUCAGAGUCUCUUUCUUCUGCUGCUCUGCAGCGUUCUCAGUUUCUUUCGGGUACUCCAGUACACAGGCCCUCAGUCAAUGGACAGAGUUUCUCUUCUGAUUUCCGUCCACCUGGUCCACCUUUGCCUCGACCUGUUCUUCCAAGGGAGCGCACUUAUUUUGAGCGUGUUGUUGAAUAUGUAGUGGGGGAUGGUCCAGCAAAUCGUUUUGCUCUAAUUUGUUCCUCAUGUGAUUCUCACAAUGGAAUGGCUUUGAAGGAGGAGUUUGAGUAUCUACCUUUCAGAUGUUGUUACUGUCAUUAUUUCAACCCAGCACGCAAGCAGCGUCCUCAGGCACCUCGCCUGUCCCCUAUAUCUGGCCUCAAGAGUCAAGGACUCGGGCAAAAUUCAGUGAACACAACUAAAAAUCCUGAAACUUCAGAGUCAGAGAAAAAUAGUGGUUCUGAUAGUAGCAGUGAUGAAGAUUCAGGACCUGAGCUUCUUCCAAAAGAUGAAGCGGACAUUCGAAAAACAGAGCAAGGCACUGAAAAUAAAGAAGAGACAACUCUUGAUAGAGAGGCAGAAGAGUUUCUAAGCAAGCUUGCAGAAAGAGAGAAAGUUGAUGAAGAGAGUGCAACAGCAUCUACAAAAGAGGAUUAAAAUUUAUGUGUAUCAAACUGACUCUGUUUUUUACAACUUUAUCGUUGAGGUAUGUAAGCAAGUUUCAGCAAAAUUUGCAAACUGUUUAUCUUCUCUCUAUGAAAUUUGAUGUUGAUGUUUUAUUUGUGAUUAUAUGUGAGAGUUUGGCUUAGCACUUAAUUUGCUUUAUAAAUUUCCCUCUUGUAAUUUUAUUUGUGUAACAAAUUACGCUUGUAUUAUACAAUUUUAACAAUACAAGAGAAAAGAACAAGGUAGUCUCCUGUUCUAGCCAUGUGUACGACACCAAACUGUCUCGCAGUAUUUUUGUAUUAUUGCUUCAGGCAAGUUUCCUCUGUAGGUAAUUUAUCCUCCAUGGUCUCUCAACUUGUAUACUGUCCAUAUGGAACCUUUCAGAUUUUGAGGAUCUCUUUUGAGUGUUUCCUUCUACUGAAUUGUAUUGUAGAUCCCUUCUUUUGGUGUUCAGCUUAAGUGUUCAUUUUAGGCUUCUGCAAUUGUAACCCAUAUAUGUGCAGGUGGAAGAAUCUCCAUCACUUCUCUGUUCAUAUAGAACACUGUUAAUUCUGAUUGCUUAAAACCUGCUAUAUUAUAUUUUAAACUCAGUGAUUGUGGAAUCCCUUCCUCCUUUGAAUUUGGGCUUGUUACCAGCUAGAUUGCAAUAAUCUUGUGUCAAGUUAUCUUGACUUUUCUCUCACAUAGUAUAUUGAAAGAUUAUCUGACACAUUUUUACUAUGAUGCGACUCUAGCUUUGGUCUUGGAAUGGUUCCAUUUGAAAUCUCUUCUUGAAGUGGAGGGUCUCCAUAAUUACUCUUUAAGGUUAUUAUGAUGCUGUCAAUUUGUGGGGUCUAUUAAUUUAUUUUUCUGAUUAUUUUAAGUUUUAUACUUAGUAAUUCCUCUAAGUGCCUUGACUGUAUUGUAAUCCUUGAACAUAUUUGCUAAUCUAGUCACUGUGCAGACCCUACCUCUUAAAAAUGCCUAAUCUUCUUGUGAUUGUGUUAAAUGUAAAUGUUUUGUGUCCAAAGCCAUUGGCUUUGAUUUCCCUUUUCAAAACUGUUUAGUUUGACAUUUUUUUCUAUCUUGAUUAAUUUGAUAAAAUUAAAAUUGUUAUGUGUUCCCUCCCAGCCUACCUUUAAUUUUAAUGUCUUAAGAGAUCUACUAACUUCCUUAUUUGCAGUGAGUGUUAUCUAUCACACAGUUUUGUUCAGAUGUGAUCUUUGUUUAUUUGACGUUGACCUGUAUCAAUUGUGGCUUUACACUUAGCAGCUUUUUGCUUUUGAAUUAGGUAGGGUUGUUGGAGUCAAUAUUCAUAGAGCAAUGUUUACCAUUGAGACUGAUGAUUAUUCCCUGUUUAGUGGUUGAAAAUAUGUGCCAAGAAAAAUUAUUCCCUGAGGGAUGGAAAAAUUUUAACUAGAUGUACUAUAUGUAAUAUUUUCUUGUAAAAUCCAGUCAAUUUAAUGCUGCCUCAUACUUGAAGCCUGUAUAAAGACCAAACCACCCUCUUUAUCGUCUCAGUACAACCUUGUUUCUGAACUGACAAGUUUUUAGAAAUAAAAUAAUUUAAAUUUUUUUGAAUGGA